AUGAACCGCCCUCCAUUGUCUUGCUGCGACUUUCUAUAUGCGUACCGGCUAGUUGCGAUUGCAGAAGAACAAGCAACUGUCGUGGCAAGCGGCCAGAUUGGCCAAUACUGGCCAAAAGGACCGAAAAACGCGAGAAUCGAAGAUAAAUUCAAGGUGAAAAAAGAAGUGAAAACUAGUGCUGCACUGUCGAAUCAGGUCGUAAAAGGAAGGGAGAAUGCCAGUUCCUUCCACACUUCCCUGGAUGUUGUAGUCGGUAGCAACUGCACCAGUAUGCCUUGCGACAACGCAAAGUUUCGUCAUGUAGAAAACGUUUACUAUCCGCAAUACGCCCAAUUGUAUGGGCCAUACGACAUCGCCGUUCUUCAACUCGACACGCCAGUAAUGGAGCAAGGAGUGUGGCCAAUUUGUCUUCCUUCAAAACAGGACCACUUAUCACAUGGAGAAAGACCGCAUGUUGCAGGAUGGGGAGACGAUCCAAGUCGCCGUUCUGAUGUCACACUGCAGAAGCUCAUCUAUAAUGGGGAUGGAAUCCAUGCCUCAAAUGGAAUGUAUUAUAUAGGUGGAGACUACCGUGCAGUCUGCGGGGGAGACAGUGGAGCGGGACUGUACCGUGUGAACAAGAGUCGGGCUACAAUCUUGGGAGUUCUGAGUGGAGGAACUACGUGCGAAGUGGUUCGACAAUAUAAAAGAACAUCAAACGAUACUUACGUCCCAGUUUCGGAUAUGUUAUGGUGGAUCACACCGAUUCUUGGUGAGCACUUUAAUGAGUGUAAUCCCGAAGGCACAUUGAAUGAUUACUUGGUUGUUUCGUCGUUCGUCAGGGAAGACUCACUUCCACAGUCGGCCGAUGAUACUCGCCAAAGAGAGUCGAAAUCUCGGCUACUACGUUGGGAAACGGAUCAGUACCAAAAAACACGAUUCACUUCGCUUAUAACCCCUGGGCGAAAGAAUACCGGCGCCAGUGACAAUUUAUCUGGAGCAAAAUUGCACUAUUUGAGAAUAAAUUCAAAAGAAUAA